AUGUCUAGUAAUCAAGAGCAUCCAGUGGAAAGUCUGGAAGCCGCAGACGCGCCAUUGAUCACGGAUGAUUUCACUAAGUGGACGGUAGACGAAGUGACCUCUUGGUGCGUUUCUUCGCUGGAAAUUGCUACAGAUGAUCCUGUUAUCGAGCGAAUGAGGGAAAAUGGCGUCUCUGGAGAAUUGCUUCCUGAGCUGACGUUUGAUGAUUGCAAGGAAUUAUGCGGUGAAGAUUUGAACAAAGCAGUACGACUGAAAGUGCUCCUGAAUAGGCUUCAGAAUGAUGCUGACAGGGAAUCCAAGCUGGAAGAACAACAGCAGCAUAUGGUGGUAACGCUCAGAAACUUAUACUCUACGGUUUCGCAGAAAUUGCAAGAAUAUCAGACGCAGUACGCUAAGCUGAGAUUGGACGUGUUGGAACUAGUGAAAACCUCGAACGUAAGUCCUAAGAUUCCGGCACAUGAAACGCCAUCCCACGCAGUGCAGCCAUCGGAGGAUUAUUUCGGCGGUCCACAUCAGCCGGCGGACUACAUCAGCACAAACUUCGCAACUCCGGUCCCACUUUCAUCGAUGCCCCGUAAGUCGAGCAGUCUAUCAACCAGGCCGCCUCCAAACAGGUCUGCAUCGUCGCAUUUGAAUGACACACCUGCUGGCGCAAUUUCCAACGAACCACUGAAGCAAUUGCGGGCGUCAAAGGAAGAUUCCUGUGAGAAAAUACUGAAGAACGCAAUGAAAAGACAUAAUUUGGCCGAUCACGACUGGAGACAAUACGUGCUGGUCAUAUGCUAUGGUGACCAAGAGCGAAUCUUAGAGUUGGAGGAAAAACCAGUAGUUAUUUUCAAGAACCUGAAGCAACAAGGGCUGCAUCCAGCCAUCAUGUUGAGAAGAAGAGGCGACUUCGAAGAAUUGAAUAUGGGUGGCGAGAGCGCCACACCGGGAGGUAGAUUGUGA